UGACGUCGUCCAUAAUGGCGGCGCGCUCGUGUGUCGCUCGUUAGCGUGAAGAGCUGCGGACUCAUCUCACGGCCGCUUGUUCCCGGCGGCUCACUCUGGCGCCUCCAUGUUAAAGUCCGGCGCAGCGGGUCCAUCCACCGUUGCUUCUCUUCAGCCGAUGAAGGAGUUCAAGGAGAACUUCUCUGGCCAGGUGAUCCUGGACCACAUCAAGCCGUGCUGGUACUGGGACAAGAAGGACCUGGCCCACACGCCGUCGCAGUCCGAGGGCCUGGACCCCGGCACGGAGGCCCGGUACCGGAGGGAAGGAGCCCGCUUCAUCUUCGACGUGGGCACCAGGCUGGGCCUACACUACGACACGCUGGCCACCGGCAUCAUCUACUUCCACCGCUUCUACAUGUUCCACUCCUUCAAGCAGUUUCCCCGAUACGUGACGGGCGCCUGCUGUCUGUUCCUGGCAGGGAAGGUGGAGGAAACCCCGAAGAAGUGUAAAGACAUCAUCAAGACGGCCCGCAGCCUCCUGAACGACGUGCAGUUCGCCCAGUUUGGAGACGACCCCAAGGAGGAGGUGAUGGUGCUGGAGAGGAUCCUGCUUCAGACCAUCAAGUUCGACCUGCAGGUGGAGCACCCGUACAUGUUCCUGCUGCGCUACGUCAAGCAACUCAAAGGCGACAAGAACAAAGUGUGCAAGGUGCUCCAGAUGGCGUGGACCUUCGUCAACGACAGCCUGUGCACCAUGCUGUCUCUGCAGUGGGAACCGGAGAUCAUCGCCGUGGCCGUCAUGUACCUCGCCGGCCGCCUCUGUAAGUUCGACAUUCAGGAGUGGACGGCCAAGCAGUCGUCUCGCCGCUGGUGGGAGCAGUUCGUCCAGGACGUCCCGGUGGAGUUGCUCGAAGGUACGGGUCAGACGGCCGCGCCCGCCUCCACGUCUUCAGCUCGCGUGACACUUCCUCUUUGUCCAGACAUCUGCCACCAGAUCCUGGACCUGUACUCGCAGGGGAACAAGCCCAUCCCCCAGCAGAUCCAGGAGAAGGAACGCGCCGCUCCCCAGGCGCCCGUUCCCCAGGCGCCCAUUCCCCCGAUGCCUCAGGGACUACCGCCGGCACCCACCCCCCCGCCCCCCCCGCCCAAGAAGACCUCCCCCCAGGGGGGCAGCCCCGCCCGCCUGGUCAAACGCUCGCAUACAUCCCCCAAAGAGGAACCCAAGGCUCCAGUCACAGAACAAGUGGGAGCCAAGAUCCCCCGACUGGAGAGCCCCAUGCCCCCUCUGCCCACAUCGCUGCCUCCCCCAGAGCGCAAGGCCCCGGCUCCGCCCACGGAGGCCGAGCCGUUCACUGAAGCCGCCCCUCCUCCGCCGCCACACGCGCCCCCCCCCCUGCCCCACCGCCCUCCUCCCCCGCCGCCCUCCAACUACAUCAUGUCCACCACCAGCUCCUACAUGUCGGGCGAAGGCUACCAGAGCCUGCAGUCGCUCAUGAAGACGGAGGGUCCCUCCUACGCCCCGAUGCCCCCCAGCUACGCCCCCCCGUUGCCGCCGUACCACCCCCACGUCUACCCGCCGCCUGCGGCGCCCCCUCCUGGCCCGCCGCCGCCUCCUUCCAGCUACCCGCCGCCCAACUUGGCGCCCGCGUACCCGCCGCCGGGCUACAACAGCUACCCGCCGCCGCCGCGCAUGCCGCCGGGCCACGCGCCCCCUCCGGUCAUCGGCCUCCCGCCCGGGGGGUACCCCCCCCCCCCAGGACAGUCCCAGGUGCCCCUCCCCCCUCCGCCCGGCAUGCCGAUGAACCACGGCGGGUGGAUGAGAUGAGGAGGGUCUCACCAGGAAGUAGACCGGACUAUGAGGCCCUGCUGGUGGUCAGGUGACCAACACGGCCACUUCUGAUUGGUCGUCACAUGUCGGCGUAAUACAUGUAGUUUAGUGACUGAAGACGAAGAGGAAGAGCAGCUCCACACGUCACCUGGGACCUCUGGUCUCUGGUCUCUGGUCCUGGUCUCUAGUCCCUGGUCCUGGUCUCUGGUUCUGGUCUCUGGUCUCUAGUCCCUGGUCUCUGGUUCUGGCCUCUCCUCUCUCCUCUCUGUACAUACAUGUUCUUCUUUAGUUCCUCGUGGAGCUUCUUUCUGUCUGUUCAGUCGCCCGUGAAUAAAGACUUUCUGCUUUGA